CAACAACAUCUGAUUGGGAUAUCAACCUUGAUCUAUCCAGUUUGGGAUGUCAUAACCUCUCAUGGGGUAUUAUUUUGAGUCUUGAGAAGCACGGAGAUGAAGGGAUAAUCUGGUGCUCCGACGAAACUUCUCCCAUCAACUGGAAAACGUAGAAGAUGCCGGGAUGGACUCUAGCACUGAGACUCCGGCGCAUCACUGCCGCUUCACCAGUCUUCCCGCGCCAGACGUUCCAUAAGAGAUUCUACAGUAGCAGUACGUUUCAGCCUUCGAUAGAACGAUAUACUGUUCCAUGCGCCUCUGCUGGUGAGAUUACUGUCAGUCUAUACAAUGUCGCGGACAGGCCGCCAACCGAUCCCUUGAUCAUUUGGAUCCCCCCGUUUGCUGCUCGGGAUGAGAACGACCCAAACUAUCAUCUCCCAUCAUGGCUUCACAAAUUCUCGGUUGCUGUCAUUCACUACAGGUGGUCUGGCUUGUACGACGAAAGGCCAAAGCCAAAACCAAAACCCAAGCCAAAGGCUGAAGAGCCCGAUUUUGACGAUGAAGGAUAUCACUCCAGCGAGACACCUGACAGAAAAGAAGAAGAGGAACUCUCAGAAGAGGAAGAAAACAUUAGCAUAACCCCCCUCCACUGGCCCACCCCCAUCCACGACGUCCUCUUCGGCUACUCCUGGAUCACCCAAAACCUCCAACCAAGAUUCCCCCAGCGCAAAGACGUCUACAUCUGCGGCUCCUACCUCGGCGCCAGUCUGGCCGCCGGCCUGGCCUUCUCCGAGUCGUACCCGCACGCCCGCAUGGCUGUCCGGGGCCUCCUCGCUUACAACGGCAUCUACGACUGGACCACUUUCUUACCGGACCACCCGAUCCACCGGCCCAAGGGCGACGACCGCAUCCUCAUCGAGGAGAAGCUGCACAAGCUCAACCGCGACCUCGACAAGGACGGCGGCCCGGCGGCGACUUCGCCCAUCAUCGCCCAUUACCAGCGCCGCCUCGAAGACCUCUUUGGCUCGCCGUCGGGAUUGUUUGAUAGCUUCGCGAGCGCUUGUCUGUUCUUUCACACGGCGGGACUUUUUAUCCCGACGACUUUCGACGAGAAAUAUGUUCCUGAAUGGCUUCAUCCGCCGCCUCCAGGGCCCUUAAUUACCGGUGCCGGUGUCAAGGGCGUCAGCAGCGACGUCGCCGUCAAUGUUCCCAGCGACCCCCACGACCCUUUUUCCCCUUCUCCCUAUACUCCCCCCUCUACCCCCCCUCCUCAACAACCCCCGCCUCCCCUCCCAGCCAGCCAAAACCCCACCGACGACCUCGACCCCGACUCCGAGCACUCCGAGAAGUACCGCAUGCAAAUGUCCAUGGUCAACGACGCCGAAGGCGAGCCGGACGAAGUAGCGGCCGAAGACAUGCUCCAGCAAAUUCUCCAGGUCGAGAUUCUAUCUGGCAAGUUCCCGCGUAAGAGUUACGUGCAUUUCCCGCCAAGGCACUCGAUGCUCAAGCUGCCGGAUACGUUGUUAUUGUACGAGACGCCGUCGGCGGAGUUGCCGUUCAAGUGUGAUGCUUUGGCGAAGAUCGGGUCGGAUGGGAGUGGCGCACGCGCUCUAAGUACCCCCCCAACGCGAAGCCAAAAAACAAAGCAGCAGCAGAAGAAAGAGGAGAAGGAGGAAAAAGACGCGGAAGAGGAUGAUGAAGCAGAAGCAGAAGAAGAUGGAAAAACAAAAGAAAAGAAAUCAUCCCGCCCCCAACCCCGCCCCCGCCUCAAAACCCGCAAACACCGCAAACCCCCCGUCGCCAUCACCGCCGGCGAGAACAGCUUCCGCACGCAAGCGUACGAGCUGGCGCUGCUGAUGCAGCGGAGCAUCGAGACGUUGGAACUCAAAGAGCGGCGGAAGUGGGACGAUGAUUACCUGGUCGACCUCCACCACUGGGAGCUGGAGGCGGCGAGGAGGGUCAAAGUGGCGGACGUGGGCGUGGUGGAUGAUCAGGACAUGGAGAUUGGGGAUCUGGAAGGGGUCGGGGACUUGGAUGAGAGGGGACGAGAGAUUGUGUUGGGGUGGUUGGAGGAGAAGAUGGAUAAGGCGCGUUGAUGACUUGGGAGGUGGGAUGUACUGGGUCAAAGGUACUCUCCGUCAUACUUUGCUUGUAA